AUGGCUUCUCCGGACAAGUCGGUGGCGGCCACGGCUGCGAGGAGGAUACACGCCACAGCACAGCACCUAUACCCGUCCGUUGGGCUCUCGAGCACCGCCACGAGCUUCGCCAAGACGCACGACAAGAUGGAAGAGGUGCACGACACGCACUACUUCAUCAACAACGAGUUCCUCGCCUCGAGCACCCAGAAGUUCAUCGACCUCUACGACCCCGCCACCAAUAACCUUGUCACGCGCGUGCCCGAGAACACCGAGGCCGAGCUCAAGGCGGCCGUCGCCGCUGCCGAGAAGGCCUUCCCAGCAUGGCGUGCCACGAGCGUGCUCCACCGCCAGCAGAUCAUGUUCAAGUUUGUCGCCCUGAUCCGCGAGAACUGGGACCGCCUGGCUGCCAGCAUCACGCUCGAGCAGGGCAAGACGUUUGCCGACGCCAGGGGUGAUGUGCUGCGCGGUCUGCAGGUCGCCGAGGCUGCCUGUGCCGCCCCCGAGUUUCUCAAGGGCGAGGUGCUCGAGGUCGCUAAGGACAUGGAGACGAGGACAUACAAGGAACCCUUGGGCGUCGUGGCCGCCAUUUGCCCCUUCAACUUCCCCGCCAUGAUCCCUCUCUGGUGCAUCCCCAUCGCCACCGUGACGGGCAACACGCUGAUCCUAAAGCCAUCGGAGCGCGAUCCCGGCGCUGCCAUGAUCCUGGCCGAGCUCUGCCAGAAGGCCGGCUUCCCCAGCGGCGUGGUCAACGUGGUGCACGGUGCCCACAGCGCCGUCAACUUCAUCCUUGACGAACCCGCUAUCAAGGCCAUCAGCUUCGUUGGCAGCAACAAGGCGGGCGAGUACAUAUUCACCCGUGGAUCCGCCAAUGGCAAGCGGGUGCAGGCGAACCUGGGCGCCAAGAACCACGCGGCCGUGCUGCCCGACUGCAACAAGAACCAGUUCAUUAACGCCGUGGUUGGUGCCGCGUUCGGCGCCGCGGGCCAGCGGUGCAUGGCACUGUCGACGCUAGUGCUUGUCGGCGAGACCAAGGAGUGGCUGCCCGACAUCGCCGAGCGCGCCAAGGCGCUGCAGGUCAACGCCGGGUUCGAGGACGGCGCCGACUUGGGCCCUGUCAUCAGCCCGCAGAGCAAGCAGCGCAUCGAGUCGCUCAUCGCCAGCGCCGAGACCGAGGGCGCCAAGAUCCUGCUCGACGGCCGCGGCUUCAAGCCCGCCAAGUACCCCAACGGCAACUGGGUGGCGCCGACCAUCAUCACCGACGUGACGCCCGAGAUGCAGUGCUACAAGGAGGAGAUCUUUGGCCCGGUGCUCGUCUGCCUUAACGUCGACACGCUCGACGAGGCCAUCGACCUCAUCAACGCCAACGAGUACGGCAACGGCGUGGCCAUCUUCACACGCAGCGGGCCGACGGCCGAGACCUUUCGGCGCCGCAUCGAGGCUGGGCAGGUCGGCAUCAACGUGCCCAUCCCCGUGCCCCUUCCCAUGUUCAGCUUCACGGGCAACAAGAAGAGCGUUGCCGGCGGGGGAGCCAGCACCUUCUAUGGCCGCCCGGGCGUCAGCUUCUACACGCAGCAGAAGACGGUCACGGCCCUAUGGAGCAGCGCCGACGCCAUCAGCAAGAAGGCCGACGUAGCCAUGCCCACACACAACUAG